UGGUUAAAAUAAGUACAUUUAAAAAUCUGCUAACACUUGGAGGUAUGAUCUUUGGUAACGGAUUUGAGUUCAAGAUAUUAUCUACAGUAGACAGAAUAAUCAAGACAUCCAUUCUUGCCUAUAUAAGAGAACGCAACUUAAAAUAUUUUUAAAUCCUCCAAUAGAAUUGGUAUUUAGCUGCACAUGAAAUGGGUAAACCGUCACUUGGAUUGCCAAAGGUUACAUGCCCUACCAAUUCUGAAGAUGGAGGAUUUCUGUUAUUGUCGCAAAAAGAAGUAUACACAAAAGCCAGUCCUAUAAGAACCACACAGUCUUUUUUGAGAUGCACACUUUUUUCAGUUUUUAUCUGUUUGUUCAUUGUCACUGUUGGUUUUGUUGUUAUUGUUGUGGCUAUGAAGAUGCACACUAAUGAUAAAGCUUCAGCGCCAGAAGAUUUACCAGAGUUUUGUAUUGAAUGUUCAGAGUUAUAUGCCAGCUCUAUUAACACCAAUGAGAAGUACGCUGUAGAAGUUAGAAGAGAUGAGAACAAGUUAAGAUGUUGUGCUAGAACAUCAGAACAAUAUCCAUUGUUGAUGAAAAAGAUGCUGGACAGUCUCCAACUGAAGAGGCUCGUAUCAAAUAAUCCCAAUAAAGAAACAGAAGACGUGACCUUUAGUCUAUUACAUAAGGCACCAGUAGCAGCUCACAUGUUAAUUGGUACUGAUCUUUCUGAUCAUCAAAACAAUCCAAGAAAAAAUGAUGUUGACAACCUUCCACCUGUCCACAAUUUAUUACCUACCAGAUCAUUAUCUUUAUUAUCAGGUGUUAAAUUACAACACGAUCGUCUAAUUGUUCAAACUAAAGGUAUCUAUUUGGUCUACAGUCAGAUUUAUUUUAAACUGAUUGAAGAUGUUAACUGGCCUGAUGGAUUAAAAAUCAUCAGUCAUAUUGUAGACAGGUAUAAUGAUAAUCUACCUAAUGAUGGGGAAGAGAAAUUAUUACAAAGUGUCCACACCUUGACAGAGAUAUCAACACAACGUAGAAGUAACAUUGAUUUCCACUCAAGUUAUAUCUCUGGUGUAUUUGAGUUAGAUGUUGGUGAUGAGAUAUAUACCAGAGUAACAAGUCGUCAGAUUAUAUCUAGAGACCCAACACUCAAUUAUAUUGGACUAGUCAUGUUGUCAGAUCACAAAUACGUUCUAAAAGUGGGGGCCUCCUAGUGGCUAGAACGGUAACGUUUCAAACGGCUGACUACCACAAAAAUUAGACGAAAAAUAAAUAAAAAUUAGACGAAAAAUAAAUAAAACUAAGAAAAUAUAAAUUUAGACAUACGGUAACCCUGCUUCUAAUUUCGGUUAAAUGUUCAAAAUUGUUGUAAAUUUUGGUUGACAAACCGUUCAAGAUAUCUUUAUGAAAUAUUUUGUUAGUCUUAUUUGGCUUAAUUAUUAGUAUCCACGCGAUGAUUAUUCCGCAGCAUAUUUCAGAAACCAUUCAAGAUAUCUUUAAGAAAUUUUAUUCAAUUUUGUUUCAUUCAUGCAUCAGACUUUAGAUACUGUGGCAGUGUAAUUCUUAUAAACCCUUGGUAGUAGUUUUGUAUUAUAUACGUUUGCAAUAGGACGUUAAAUCCCAUUUCAUUUAUUCAUUCAUUGUAUGCCAAAUGUAACCAGUGAACAUAAUUGUAAGAGAGAAAGAGAAGGUUUAACGUCCACUCAACACAAACUGGUCCAUUUCGGGACCAACAAAUGGUUUAAUUUUAUUUCAAUAAUUCGCUUACGCUUGCGCUCGGGUCUAUAGCAGUGAUAGGAAUCCCGAUGAAUCGAAACCACGCCACUUGACUCAAUGACAGAUCCUGUCCCCCCCCCCUUCGUUAACAUAAUUCCUAUAGGUCAAACAACAUGUACUCAACUAGUUUUAUUGUCUAUAGGAGUGUAUAUAUUUUUAAAUAAACACUUGUCUUUGUA